AUGCAGGAGGCUCUGUUCCAUCUCCCAAUUGGACCCCAUCUCUUCAACUCCAUGUCAGAUUCCAACAAAACCGAUUUCACCAACCCCUCCACCUUCAUCCUGCUGGGCAUCCCUGGCCUGGAGGCCGCCCAUGUGUGGCUCUCCAUCCCCUUCUCUGCCAUGUACAUCAUAGCCCUCUUUGGGAACUUCGCCAUCCUGCUCAUUGUGAAGAUGGAACCGAGCCUCCAUGAGCCCAUGUACUAUUUCCUCUGCAUGCUGGCCUUCACCGACCUGGUCCUGUCUACAACCAUCCUGCCCAAAAUGUUGAGCAUUUUCUGGUUCAAUGCAAGGGAGAUCAAUUUCAGUGCCUGCCUCACCCAGAUGUACUUUAUUCACAACUUUUCAAUGAUGGAGUCUGGGAUCUUAGUGGCCAUGGCGUUGGAUCGCUACGUGGCCAUCUGCCACCCCCUGAGACAUUCAGCCGUCCUGACCAACCCCGUGGUGGCCAGGAUUGGCCUGGUGGUGAUGUUGCGCGGUGGGACACUCGCACUACCCAGUCUCUUCCUGGCAAGGCAGUGGCCAUAUUGCACAACUAACAUCAUCUCCCACUCGUACUGCGAGCACAUCGCCGUGGUGAUGCUGGCCUGUGCUGACAUCCGCGUCAGUAGUUACUACAGCCUCUCUGUAAAACUUCUAGUGCUUGGUCUGGACAUGUGUUUUAUUUCCGUGUCCUACAUCCAGAUUCUCAGGGCCAUCUUCAGCCUCCCCACCAAGGACGCCCGGCUGAAGACUUUGGGGACCUGCGUCUCCCACCUCUGCGCCAUCUUAACCUUUUACUUCCCACAUCUCUUCGCCUCCCUCACACACCGAUUUAGCCAGCAUAUGGCCCUGCAUUUCCGCAUUCUUAUGGCCAAUGUGUAUCUUCUGGCUCCGCCUAUGCUACAUCCCAUCAUCUACGGGGUAAGGACCAAACAGAUCCAGGACAGGCUGCUCUGGCUAUUUACUUAUAAAGGAACUUAA